AUGAAGAAGACGUACGCGAACAAGGGGUCGGAUUGGUACGCCAAGGGCGUCAAGUCUGUCGAGGAAAAAUGGGAACUCUUACCGGCCUUCCUCCAAGUCAAGGGGCUGGUCAAGCAGCAUCUCGACUCGUUCAACUAUUUCGUCAAUGUCGAUAUCAAAGCGAUCCUCGCGGCCAACUCGCUCGUCGUCAGCGACAUGUCGCCCAACCACUUUAUACGGUACCUGGAUAUCCACGUCAUGAAGCCUAUGCGGGUCGAGGGCGGGUCGAAUACUAUGGUCACGCCUAUGGAAUGUCGAUUGACGGACUCGACAUACUCGGCGGCCAUCCUCGUCGAUAUAGAGUAUACAGCGGAGGACAAGAUCAAGCGGAUGAAGGGUGUGCCAAUAGGCAAACUGCCCAUCAUGCUGCGGAGCGAGCUGUGCUGGCUGAACGCGAUGGGCAAGACGGAGAAGGAUCUGGCGAGGAUGGGGGAGUGUCCGUUGGACCCAGGCGGAUACUUUGUGGUCAAGGGGACGGAGAAGGUGAUUUUGGUGCAGGAGCAGUUGAGCAAGAAUCGUAUCAUCGUCAUGGCGGAUUCAAAGAAGGAUGUCGUUACUGCAGAAGUCACAUCAUCAACGCACGACCGAGUCGUCAAGACCUACGUCACGACCAAGAGCGGGCGUUUAUACCUGCGACACAACUCGUUCAAGGAGCUCAUCCCUAUCGUCAUUGCGCUCAAGGCGAUGGGAAUUACGUCGGACAAGGAGAUUAUUCAACUUCUCUGCGGGACGGACGAGCGGUAUCAAGAGGCGUUCGGGGUGUCGCUCGAGGAGGCUGCCAAGAACAAGAUCUUUACGCGGAAACAGGCGCUCGAGUGGAUCGGGGUGCGGACGUCUCAGAACCAAGAACUCGCCGCUCCCGGAACGCAAAAACUCACCUACUCGGAUAUCGCGAAUCAGGCGCUGGCGGCGAUGGUGCUCGGACACGUACCAGUGCGGGACAUGAACUUUCGGCCAAAGUGCAUCUACCUCGCGACAAUGGCGAGGCGGGUGUUGAUGGCGAUGAUUGAUGAGAGUAUGGUGGAUGAUAGGGAUUACGUCGGGAACAAGCGGCUAGAACUUGCUGGUCAACUCUUGUCGCUUCUUUUCGAAGACUCGUUCAAAACCUGGAACUCGGAAAUCAAAAAGUCAAUGGACAAGCUUCUCGAAAAGAAGGCACGGACCGCUUUUGACGCGUCCAAGCUCCUCCUCGCCGGUCAAGGCUCCAUCACCAACGCGUUCGUCCGGUCCAUCUCGACCGGGAACUGGUCGCUCAAGCGGUUCCACGUCGAGCGGGCGGGCGUCACCCACGUCCUUUCCCGGCUGAGCUUCAUCGCCGCGCUGGGGAUGAUGACUCGGAUAUCCUCGCAAUUCGAAAAGACACGGAAAGUCUCGGGUCCGCGUGCACUGCAGCCGUCCCAGUGGGGUAUGCUCUGCCCGUCCGAUACCCCCGAAGGCGAGGCGUGCGGUCUUGUCAAGAACCUCGCGCUUAUGACACACAUCACUACGGAUGUACCGGAAGAACCCCUCAUCAAGCUGGCAUUCAUGCUGGGCGUCGAGGAUAUAUCCCUCGUCACCGGCAAUGAGCUCUACCGGCCCGGGGUCCACCUCGUCCAGGUCAACGGAACGCUCAUUGGCGUCACCCACCUCGCUCGCCGGUUCGUCGAUACCUUCCGCAAACUCCGUCGGGCCGGUCGGACCUCGGAAUUCGUGUCCAUCUACAUCAACCACCAUCAUCGCAUGAUCUACAUUGCGUCGGACGGAGGGCGGAUCUGCCGGCCGAUGAUUAUCGUCGAGAAGCAGCGGUCGAGGGUGACGUCGGCGCAUAUGCGUCUCCUGAAGGAGGGGAAGGUUACGUUUGACCACUUCUUGCGUUCAGGGCUCGUCGAGUACCUGGACGUGAAUGAGGAGAAUGACUCGUUUAUCGCGUGCUAUGAGCACCAGAUCGAGGAGGGGACGACCCACCUCGAAAUUGAGCCUUUUACCAUCCUCGGCGCGGUCGCCGGUCUCAUCCCCUAUCCCCACCACAAUCAGUCUCCUCGAAACACCUACCAAUGUGCCAUGGGCAAGCAGGCGAUCGGCGCUAUCGCCUACAACCAGCUCAACCGGAUCGACACCUUACUGUACCUCAUGACGUACCCGCAGCAACCGAUGGUGAAGACCAAAACGAUCGAGCUGGUCGGGUACAAUCGUCUACCCGCGGGUCAGAACGCAACGGUCGCGGUCAUGUCGUUCUCGGGGUAUGAUAUUGAGGACGCCCUCAUUGUCAAUCGCGCCUCGGCGGACCGAGGCUUCGGGCGGUGUCACGUCCUCAAAAAGCAGACCAUUCCUAUUCGGCAAUUCGCCAAUGGGUCCUCGGAGCGGCUGGCGUUCCCUCUCGACCCGCCUCGGCCGGAAGCGUACGCAUGGGUCGAUCGGGCGGACGGGAUCAUUGCGCCGGGCUCGCACGCCAACCAGGGCGAUGUCCUCAUCCACCGCGAGACCCCCGUCGAUACCCGCGGUGGGAGCCGGUCCGACACGUACAAGCCUACGCCGAUUGCGCACAAGCUGCCGGAACCGACCAUGAUUGACAAGGUGUUGAUUACGGAGGGGGAUGACGGGGCGAUGGUCAAGAUUUUGACGAGGCAGACGCGGCGGCCAGAGCUAGGUGACAAGUUUUCGAGUCGGCAUGGGCAGAAGGGGGUGUGUGGGUUGAUUGUCCCGCAGGAGGAUAUGCCGUUCAAUGAUCAGGGGAUCGUGCCGGAUAUUAUCAUGAACCCGCAUGGUUUCCCGUCCAGAAUGACGGUCGGGAAGAUGAUCGAGCUCCUUUCCGGGAAAGCCGGCGUCGUCUCCGGCGCUCUCCAAUACGGUACUGCCUUCGGCGGAUCCAAAGUCGUCGACAUGAGCAAGAUUCUCAUUGACAAGGGCUUCAGCUAUGCCGGCAAGGACAUGUUGACGAGUGGGAUUACCGGGCAGAGUUUGGAGUGUUAUGUCUACUUUGGGCCGAUCUAUUAUCAGAAACUGAAGCACAUGGUCAUGGACAAGAUGCAUGCUCGGCCGACUGGACCGCGAGCGAACCUAACGCGUCAGCCGACGGAGGGAAGGAGUAAGGACGGUGGAUUGCGUUUGGGGGAGAUGGAGCGGGAUUGUCUUAUCGGAUAUGGCGCCACCCAACUCCUCCUCGAACGGCUCAUGAUCUCCUCGGACGCGUUCGAGACGCAAGUCUGCGAGAUCUGCGGGAUGCUCGGCUAUAACCAGUGGUGUCCUAUGUGCAAGACGGGGAAGGGGAUCAUCAAGUUGACGAUCCCGUAUGCGGCCAAGCUAUUGAUACAGGAGUUGAUGGGGAUGAACAUCAUGCCGAGGUUGUGUAUGGAGGAUACGGUAUAG